UUUAACAUGUAGAAACAAAAACUAUGAAUUCUUUUCAACAUGGAUGAAAUCAUUAGAAAUCAGCAAUUUAAAAUAAAAUUUAGUCGCAGUAUUGGAAUAUAUUGGAAAACCCUAGGACGAUGGUUAUCAAUUGAAGAUAGUUGUUUAGAUGCAAUAGAGCGAGAUUAUGCUGGAACUGAAAAUCAAGCAUAUGAAAUGCUGAAAAAAUGGACAAAUAUGAGUGACAAUGCAUCAAUUGAUCUGUUAACAGCUGCUUUGAUAAAUAUGGAGAGAAUAGAUUUAAUAAAAGAACUAGAGACAUUUAAAGAUUCAAAUCAAAGUUCAUCUAAAUGGAAAAAAGAGGUUAGUGGUGCAUUAAAAACAUUUUAUCUUAAAAGUUAUGGAGAAACUAACAAAACAUACAAAUUUAUUGAACUCUGUAUUGUUGAUGCAGCUGAAGUUAAAAAAGAUGCUAGUUGUUUUGUUGAGAGAGAACAGUUUUUGAAGAAACAAAUGAAUUAUACACCAAUUUCAUUUGACAAAGUAUUUUCAGAAGAAUCUUCAUUAUUUCUUAUAUCGGGUAUUGCUGGAAUAGGUAAAACAUGUUUGCUCAGAAAAUGUUUGCUAGAUUGGUCAAACGGUUUAAUUUGGAAAAAUGUUGAACUUUUGUUUUAUUUUGAAUGUAGAAGACUUAAUCAAUACCAAAAUAUUUCUAAAAUAAAUGAGUUAGUUGGUAUUUUUUACAAGGAUAUUUUAAAAAAUUUCAAUAUUAAUAGCUGUAACAUAAUGUUUGUCAUAGAUGGUUUGGAUGAAUUUCAAUAUUUAGAUGAAUUAUUAAAUAACAAUCCUCAAUGUGAAAUCCCCAUUAUAAAGACAUUUCUUAAUAUGCAGAAAUACAAGUUGUUAAUUGCUGGAAGAAUAAAUGCAAUUUCACAGUAUGAAAAUAUUCUUUCAGAGUGUAAUGAUAAGUUAACAGUUCAGAUUAUGGGUUUUAACGAAAAUGGAAUUAAUAAUUAUAUAGAAAAAAAUGUAGUUGAACAAACAAACAAAACUUUAAAAAAAAUUUUUAAUGAGUCUCCUAUUGCAAAAGCUAUGGCAUCUGUACCUUUUUAUCUAUCUUCUAUGUGCACAAUUAUUGCUGAAUCGAAUCUUAGAGAAAGUCAUUGUUUCAAAACCAUGACAGACUUGUAUGCUAGUAUAUUUUUUAACUUUUUAAAAAAACACAUUAACAAAAACAAUGAACCAGUUUAUAAGAUGAUGGAAAAUGAAAGCAUUAAGCAAUACGUUUUUAACAUUUGUAAAAUCGCAUAUCACCUAUUCAUCGAAAGUAAAAUUACUUUUUCUAAAAAGGAAAUUCAAAAUAUUUUUAACAAUGUAAUUAAAGUUGAAGAACUUCAUGGCUUCAUAGAAAAAAUUGAAACCGAUUUAGGUUGUUAUUAUCAAUUUGUACACUUGACAAUAAUGGAGUUUUGUGCCUCUGUUUAUGCAUACAAUUACUUAAGUGGAAAAAUGAUCAGCACAAACAUUAAGUUGAGAAGCUGUUUACCAAUGAUCUGUGGAUUGUUAAAUAAAGAUGAAAACAGCUAUGUGAAGUUUCUUGCAAACUUAAAACCAGAAAAUCAUAAUAUAUUUUUAAAAUUUUUUUUAAGUUUAACGAAUAAAAGCUCAGAAAAGUUAUCUUUGAUUGAUGUUCCUGAUAUUCCUGACGAUUACUGUUUUCAGAAGUUACUCUAUGAAUGUUUUUAUGAAAGUCAAUCAUCAAUUGUAGAUGAAAUUAAAUCAUUUAUUGAUGAACGACGGUGGAUGAUUUCGAUUGAUAAUGGAAAAACUUCAUACGAAACUUCUUGUGAUAGUUAUUUCGUAAAUCAGUUAAUAAAUUCAGGGAGAAUGUUGACAAGAUUAGAUGUUCGUAAAAAUAUAUUAAGCGACGAUGAAAAAUAUUUAAUAAUUAAAGGUUCUACUAAUGUCCGUUAUGUUUGGCUUUAUCAUUCAAUCAAAUUCAAUGGAUGGAAACCGAAAGAUAAGAUUGAAUGGUUGACAAUAUACAUUUCAAAAUUUUUGAUAUCAAAAAAUGAUUUUGAAGAAUGUUUUCUUCCUUGGAUAUACCUUUGUAAAAAAUUAAGUCUUUACUUAAACAAAGUCAUUGACUUCAUUGAAGACAUUUAUAAAUGGAUUUGUUUUUCAAAUAUUGAGGAGUUGUUCAUUAAGUACCGUGGAAAAGAUUUUCGUAGCCUCGAAGAUAUAAAAAAGUUUUUGAAUAGUAGAGAAAAAUAACUGUUUAAAAGAUUUAAAUUUUAAAUACUUUAAAUACAAAGUAUAAUAUAUUAGCUUAAAAAGCACUAUUCA